GUGCUCACUUGCAUGGAAAAUAUUGGACAGGUAGUUUUAAGAAGGCACACCGUCUGGGAAACGUACGAGUUGGUUAUCCACGGUAGUUAGAAAUGUACGCAUCUAAGCCGACUUCCGGACAGUUGUAAUUAACAAAAGGAAGAUGUAAACAGCCGAAUAUUGGAAAUUAAUUCGUGGAAAAAGGGUCAGUCAUGCCAGGAGGAAGACGAAUCCUGUCUAGGAUCCAGUCGGCUUCAUCAUAUCCAUCUGGGCCUCAUAAAAGUGGAAGUGGUGGAAGUCACACUGGUGAUGAAAGGGAAAACAUGAUUCCGCUGGCGUCUAUGGCCGUCAUUCCAAAACAUGCCCAUCUUCCCGAGAUUCCUGGAGACGGGAACUUUAUGUUUGAGGUGAUGUUGUAUGCAUUCGGCUUGAUUGUCAUGUUACUGCAGUACGUCCACUUGUACAAGACUGUCUGGUGGUUACCUAACUCCCAUGCUAAGUAUGCCCUGAACUUCUAUCUGAUAGAUCCAUAUUUGGUGGGAUUUUUAGCCACGUUGAUGAGCAGAAGGCUGGUGUGGUGCUUUGUUCAAGAGAUUUAUGGGUCAAGUUCUCGGAAAGGUUUUUUAUUCUGGCUUGUUCAGCUGAUAAAGUUGGUGGUAGUCUUGGCUGUGGUGACCUUGUUUUGUUUGACGGCUUACCACGUUGUCCUCAAGCACUCAGUACUCUACUGUUUGUUUUUGUGUUAUCCAACCGCGACCUAUCUUAUGCUGUUUGGCCCAACCCUGAAGCCAUUGUUUUUGCGCACACUCGCUUGGCCCUCGAUAAUUAACGACAAAUUAGGAGCACAGGUGAAACAUAAACCUAAAGAAGGCACGGACAAGGUGUCUCCCUUGCUGCACGCCUGUACUCUGAUGCCAGAUGUAGUCAGGGAGGAGGUGGAGACUCUUAAGACAGACUUCAACAACAGAGUCAAACAAGUCCUCUUUAACUCCAUGCUAACAGCCUACUACAUGGCUUUUGUGCCUCUUUGUUUUGCACAGAACACCCUUUACUAUGACACAUGGUGGGUGGGGCAACACGUCUGUCUGGCCUGGGUCUCCGCCUUUCUCAUGCUGAUUGUCCAUUUCCUCACCCCCAAAUACAUUGACUUGCUGCAUAAAUGUGCCCUGCACCUGGGCAGAUGGCAGAAAGUGGAGGGCAGGCAUGCCCAUGUGCCAUAUAAUGCAUGGUCAGAGCUGCAAGUGUGGCCACAGGGGGCGCUUGUCAAGCAUGUCAGAGGUUUAUUUAAAGCUGAAGGUGUAAAUGUAACUGCUGAGCCUGGCAACAGUAUGCAUGGGAGGUUUUAUUUUCUCUUCCACAAACCGGUACGGGUGAUAAACUGGUUACUCAUCCUUUCAUGGCUUCUUGUGGGAUAUUUAUUCAUACGACUUUUACAGUGCACAGAAUGGAGUCACAUUCUCUCCAUGGCUCUGAUGAUCUUCUGUAACUACUAUGUGUUAUUUAAACUGAUGAGAGACAGGAUCAUAUUGGCCAAAGUGUACAAGGAUGAAGACGCAGCAGCCAAUCAGUAAUACUGUCUCUUGUCAUUGUUUCAUCACAUUUCAUUGGUCUAUUUGACUGCUUGUCUAUGUAAAAUUUGUUGUCAUUGGUUAAAAUUUCUGUUGUAACAUUUUUA